CACACAUGCCUGCUAAACAUGGCGCCCGUCAGUUCUUCAUCCCUGCGGAUUCUGCUCCCAGUUAUCCUGCUUCUUUUACAAGGAGUUGUGACUAACGGAAGGGAGAUUGAGAAGGAGAACGGGAGUGCGCCUGGUUGGGCUUCCAGUCACGGACCAUCAAGACCACACCACCCGGGUAACUCUUCAGACCCACACCAUGGGAACGCCCCUAGUUGGGCUUCCAGUCACGGACCAUCAAGACCACACCACCCGGGUAACUCUUCAGACCCACACCAUGGGAACGCCCCUAGUUGGGCUUCCAGUCACGGACCAUCAAGACCACACCACCCGGGUAACUCUUCAGACCCACACCAUGGGAACGCUCCAAGUUGGGCUUCCAGUCACGGACCAUCAAGACCACACCACCCGGGUAACUCUUCAGACCCACACCAUGGGAACGCUCCUAGUUGGGCUUCCAGUCACGGACCAUCAAGACCACACCAUCCAGGUAAUUCUUCAGACCCACACCAUGGAAACGCGCCUAGUUGGGCUUCCAGUGACAGACCAUCAAGACCACACCACCCGGGCAAUUCUUCAGACACACGCCAUGGGAACGCUCCAAGUUUGGCUUCCAGUCACGGACCAUCAAGACCACACCACCCGGGUAGUUUUUCAGACCCACACCAGGGAAGGCGUGGAAACGCGCCUAAUUGGGCUUCCAAUUAUUACAUCAUCAAGAUCACAAACCUCUGACGAUUCUUCAGACCAACACCCGGGAAUUCGUGGGAAUGCAACUGUUUGGGCUUCCAGUAGCAGACCAUCAAGAACACUAAAAUCAGACCAUUCGGACCAAUCGAAUUCGUUCGUUUUCAAAAUUUCAAAGUUGAUUGACAAAAUUUCUACAUUUACCAAGACACUAAUAGAACACGUAAGUUUUAGAAUGAUGCUCAUUCUAAAACUAAGGAAGAAAAGUGUUCUGCAGUAUCUAAAUAACCCAUCACAAUUAUGUAUGAAGUAUAGCUUGUAAUAUUAAAUGCAAUUAAAUUUUUGCCAUUGAUAAUAA